UUCCUGGAUCUCAUGGGAGCUGCUGCUGCUAAUUGUGUUGAAAUGUGGUUUUGUCAUGCGAACAGACUCCUGCUGGGGGUAAUUCUGUGACUGGAUGAAUUUGCAUGUGUGAAACCUCCAGAGGAGAAGUUGCUGCCUGCUUCCUGUCACCCACUGUGUGAUGCUGGCAGUAAGCUGGUUUCUUCCCAAAGUGACUUCAAAGAAAUUAAAUUUGUUCUGAAAUUUCUUUUUGAAGAAUGAGUUUCCUGACGUUUCCCUCACAGCUUUUGUGAGGUUUGCAGGGGAAGUUGUGACCCUCUCUCAUACUUCUGUGGAAUGCCAGUGGCAUUGCUAGAGAGGGAUGGAUCCCCAUCGUGGUUCCUGGGUCAUUCCUGCUGCGACAGAAUCGUUCCUUUUGUGGGUCAUUCUUGGAGUGUGACCGCUGUGCCUUUGCUGGGGCUUGCACUUGGCCACCUUGUGUGCUGUAGAUCUAUUUUUGGGUAAGAUUGAGGGAUGGAGGCUACUACUUUAAAGUAGCGUGAUCUUUAAACCUGAAAUGUGAAUGACUUCAGCCCAGCUGAGAGCAAAGCUUGACAUGAAGGGAGUGUUGGCCAUGGCCAAGCUGAUGUGUGUGAGAUGGAGAUAAUUCAGAAGUGGCUGGUUACAGGUACAGGUGGUACCACCAGAGCACUGCCAGACACCUGAGUGUCCACACUCUCAUCUUCUGCAGCUCCCACCCUCCUUCCUCUCCCAUGUUGUCCUGACGGAGGAGUUGUUUCCCCUCAUCUCCAUGCCAGCUCAGGGAAGGAGCUGGUGGUGUUCAGAUCUCUUCUCCCACAUUUUGCCUGUGUUUCUCUGUUCCUACAUUUGGCUUUGGUGAUGCAGAUCAGAUUAUGGAAAGGGAAAGGCAUUGUGGAUCCCUGCCAUGUAUUGUCUGCAGCUCUUCCUUUACCUGUUUGGAGUAUUUCUGGGAAGCAAAGGUUUCACUAUAAAGAAUUUCUCCAUCUUUCUUUGCACAGAUCAUCAUGGCUCCUUCUAGCUCCACUACUCACCCCUCCUGUUCCAGUGGUCACAGCCCCACCAUGUUCCCUCUGUCCAGAAGGAGCACACAGGUUCCAGUGGAUCAGGAAUCUGGUCCCAGAGUUUGGGAUCUCCAGCUCACAUGUCAAGGUGCUUUCGUCCCCAGCGGAAUUCUAUGAAGUCCUGAAGGUGCAGAUAAAAGCAGCCAAGCAGCGGGUGGUGAUGGCCUCACUGUACCUGGGAACAGGACUCCUUGAGCAGGAGCUGGUAUAUUGCUUAGAAGAAACACUGGAGAAAUCACUGCAAGCAAAAGGCUCACCCGACCUCAAAGUCUCCAUCCUGCUCGACUACACCAGGGGUUCCCGGGGCAGGAAGAACUCUCGAACAAUGCUGAUCCCAUUGCUGCAGAGAUUUCCUGAGCAAGUCCGUGUGUCCCUGUUCCACACCCCAAACCUGCGUGGGCUCCUGCGGCUGCUGAUCCCCGAGCGUUUCAAUGAGACCAUUGGGCUGCAGCACAUCAAGGUCUAUCUCUUUGAUGACAACGUGAUCGUGAGCGGUGCAAACCUGAGUCAUCUGUACUUCACCAAUCGUCAGGACCGCUACGUCCUGCUGCAGGACUCUCCCGAGAUCGCAGACUUCUUCACAGAGCUCGUGGAUGCCAUUGGAGACGUGUCCCUGCAGCUACAGCAGGAUGACACAGUCCAGAUGAUGGAGGGAAUGGUACACCCUUACCAGGGAGACAAAGUGGCUUACUGUGAGAUUGCCAACCGAAGGGUCAUGGAGGUCAUCAACUCUGCCCGCACGCGGCAAGAGCGCCUUCAUGCAAAGACUUUCCACAGCAGCCAGCCAGGCAGCUCCCUCUUAUCCCAGCAAGGCUCUCAAGCAUCUGGGAGUCUGAAACCAGAACCUGACACCUGGAUCUAUCCCUUAAUCCAAAUGAAACCCUUUGGGAUUCAAAUAGACGAGAUGGUCACAGAGACACUGCUGACAGAGGCUGAGAGGGAUGCCAGGAUAUACCUCACCACUGGCUACUUCAACUUGACACAGGCCUACAUGGACCUCAUCCUGGGCACGAGGGCUGAGUACCGGAUCCUCCUGGCCUCGCCAGAGGUCAAUGGGUUUUUUGGUGCCAAAGGGGUGGCAGGUGCCAUCCCUGCUGCCUAUGUUUACAUUGAGCAUCAGUUUUACAGUGAGGUCUGCUACCUGCAGCAGCAGGAGAGGGUGCAGCUGCAGGAGUACUCCCGGGCUGGCUGGACGUUCCAUGCCAAAGGCCUCUGGCUGUACCUGGCAGGGAGUGACCUGCCCUGCCUGACCCUGAUUGGCUCUCCGAAUUUCGGAUAUCGAUCAGUCCAUCGUGACUUGGAAGCUCAGGUUGCAAUAGUGACAGAAAAUAAAGCCUUGCAGCAGCAGCUCCACCAGGAGCAAGAGCAGCUUUACCUCUGCUCAGGUGUGGUGUCAACAUCAACGUUUGAGCAGCCAAAUCGUUAUGUGAAACUGUGGGUGAAGCUGGUGGUACCUCUGAUCAAGAAUUUCUUUUGAAAGAACAAAAAUGGCUGCUUUGGGUGAGUUUGCUGCCAUUAUGGGGAAUUAUAUUGCACUGACUGCAGUGAAUAGCUGCAGUGCUCUGUCAUGAAAGAAAGAUGAUGGACAUGCAGAUGAUGUGGGGAAAACCAGGCACUUCUUGAUUCCUCUGGGGUACUGGCUGCCAUGGACUGGGAUCAGUGCUCAGGUCCUGACUGGGUUUUGUCUACUAGAAUUUCUGGAAGGGCUACUGACAGAGAACCCAUACAGUAGUAUUUUCUAUGCAUGGAAAUAAAACUCCCAUUUCUGAAAUGUGCCUUUCAGAGUUCUGCAGUCAUACACUGUGUUUGUGUUACCUUGACCAGCCAAUAUAAAGCACUGCUGGAAUAUU